AUGAUGUUUGCGAACUGGCCUUCAAAUAGACCCCGAAUUUCACACCUUUAUCUGUCGCCUAAUGUAACGAAUCUUAAUAGAAGGGUCUACCAUUCGUUGACUGAGCCUCCCCGAAAUGUCAAGGAGUGCAUUGACUGGUUGAUAGCCCUGAAGGGGAAGGAUGGUGAGAAGAACUUGAAGGCUUUGGGUGCCGCACUUCACAAAAUUCUCGCAGAUAAGCCUGUUGGCAAGAUGAAGGUGCCAGCUCUCGAGAAAAUUAAAGUUAUUACCAAGAAGUUCCUGGAGAAACCAGAGAAUACGCGUCUGCUGUCUUCAAACGAGCUGAAGUGGAGAUUCCAGGAGCCUCUGGAUAAGGGGUUCGGAGCCGCUCAAGCCUUUGGUCUUGUCCCGAAAAGCAACUACAAGAACGUCAUACAGACCAAAGGUGUCACUGCUAAAACCGUGUCAAAGAACUUAAUUAAAGUUGUGGAUGGUUGUGAACAAUUCCUGGAAAAUAUAAAAGUCCCUGACCAUUAUAAAUCCGCUUACAGUCCAGAAGCGACGUGGGAUGCAUCAUGCGCGAAGGACGUGGAAGCAUAUGCGAUCAUUUUCAUGGGGGUUGCGCCGAUGUUAUACGCAGGCCUACAUUGUUUUCGGUUGAUGUCUCUAUAUGCGUGGUGGGGAGGACCUGAUUCUGAGGCUGCUAAGAAUAUGCCAGAGGUUUUGAAAGCUGUGGGUUACGUAGAGCCGGAAUACCGAGCUGGCAUGAGUGCUGCCAAUGUCCGCAGGGCGUUGAGACCCGUGGAUUACGAGAUAUUGGGUAUAAUCUACGACCUCUGUGGCUUUUGGGCUUUCUAUUGA